AUGGUUAAUGAUAAAGGCCAAAAUAUUCUUCAUGUUGCAGUGCAGAAUGAGAACAAAAAGGCAGUCAAAUUCAUCUUAGAAAAUUCCCAGCUUAGUAGCUUUGUAAAUCAUAAAGAUAUUGAUGGGAACACCCCUCUCCACCUUGCUGCUACUGCGUUGUGUGCAAACCAACUCAUAUACGAUGAAAAAUCAGAUAGGAUGGCCUUUAACAAGGGAAAUCAAACUCCGCUUGAUGUAAGAACACAGCAUGAAAACGUAACACUAGUAACCCAGGCUCUCAAAAGGUCAGAAUCAAAAAAAUUUGGUCCUUCACUAGGUUGCCGAAAUAUAAUUAGUGACGAUAAUGAGAAUUUAAUGAAGAAAAUGAAAGCUAAUGAUAAGCGUAAAAGGUUUACACCCAAAGACAUCAAGAAAACUGAGGACACCCAUAUGAUACUGGCUGCACUUAUAGCAACUGUGACUUUUGCAGCUGGUUUCACCAUGCCUGGUGGCUACAAUGGAAACCAGGGCCCAACUCAAGGCAUGGCAAUUCUAACAAGAGAAACAGCUUUCCAAGCUUUUGCGGUGACAAAUACCAUUGCCAUGAUAUUAUCCACUUCUGCUAUUAUGAUUAUUGGUUCACUUACGAAAGGGAUUAGAUUUAGUGGGUUGUCUUACAAUUUCUUUCUUAUAGUCAAAGUGAUCAUUGCUAUUCAAGUCCAAAAAUUAGACCCACUUUUCAAGUCUAAUGAUGUGGCAACCAAUUCGAAUAUCUAA